AAAACAAUUGAGAAAAAAAUAGUUUACGAGAAAUAUGUGUUGAAAAGCAAUAGUUUUGGUCACAAAAGCGGGGAUCAAAUCAAAGACAUGAGAAGAUAGGCGUCGCGUGUGAGACGACACGACGACAUCGGAUCCAAACGAUAGCAUCCAAUCGGUGGUCAAAACGAUGAGAUAAUGGACGCCAAGAAUCACUACCACAACAACAACAACACGUCCGCCAACUCUGCCAACAGUUAUCACGGAAACAGUGGCCACAUGUGUGCGGCCGCCGCCCCAUCGCCGCCACCGAUGACGGCCACCAAAUGCCAGUCAUUCGGGUCGACGACCACACCGUCGAUGGCGGCGGCCGUCGGACGCGUGCAAUACAUCUAUGAGUUGCCCUACAAUUGUCGCAAACAGUUGUGCGAUCUCUUGGACGCGGACCAGUCGUGGCGCCAAUUGGGCGGUCAGUACAUGAAUCUGAACGACACGUCGCUGACGCUGAUAUCGCACGCACUGAUCCGCAACUCUUCGCCCACCAAUGAGUUGCUCACCAAAUGGGAGACGAGUGCCGCCAAAGUGAGCCAAUUGUUUGUAUUUUUGGCACAAAUGGGACACAAGAGAGCGAUGUUUAUACUGCGGCCGUAUGUCGAGCAACGGCUUCGCCAGUUGUGCCCAGACGUGGACUGCGAUGAAGAUAAUUACGAUCUGUCGGCCAUUCAAGCGGUGGCCGCGGCUAUGAAUCCCUCAAAUCAGAUGCAAAACAAUCUCUUUCUCGAUAAUAAUGGCAAACAUUUUGAACAAAACAGUACUAAAUAUGAUUCAACACAAUUGAUGACUGAAAAGAAGAUACUUAACAAAAAUCUCAACGAUUUGGACACUAAUCUCAAUCACAAUAAUCUCAAUAAUAGUAAUCCAAUGAAUGAAUUGAAUGACGAAAAGCAAACGCAUUGCGAUAAAAGUGAUAAUAAGGGCGACAAGUGUUCGGCCGAUACUAAUUGUGACGAAAUGGAAGUGCCGUACAAAGAGCUGCUCAUCGCCACCGAUGACUUCGCUAAAGACAGGGUUUUAGGGAACGGAGGCUUUGGCACCGUAUAUAAGGGCGAGUGGAAGGGCACUAAUGUGGCCAUUAAGCGACUCAAAGGCUUUAACGACAAGUCCCAGGCGUUGACUGAACUCCGAGUGCUCAACAGAUACCGAAUCGACAAUAUUUUGCCCAUUUAUGGCGUAAGUCUCGAUGGCGUCGAGCCGUGUCUUGUGUACCAAUAUAUGCCCAACGGAUCGCUAGAGGAUCGGCUUCUAUGCAAAGCCGGCACAAAACCCCUCGAGUGGUCCCAACGAAUCAAUAUCGGCGAAGGCAUCGCCCGAGCGCUCAAUUACUUGCACACACUUAAGGGCAAUGCCUUCGUUCACGGAGACGUCAAGAGCGCGAACGUACUCUUGGAUCCCCUCUUCGAGCCAAAGUUGGGCGACUUUGGUCUCGCCAGACAAGUCAACUCCGGCAGUGGUCUCUAUACGCACUGUACGGUCAGCGCAGUCCACGGCACGAGUGUUUACCUCCCGUUUGAGUAUCUGAGGCAACGAAUCCUGAGUCCAGCCGUUGAUGUCUACAGUUAUGGCAUUGUUUUGCUUGAGAUGGCGACCGGAAAACGCGCUUUCGAUGGCAAGAGACUACUCAUUGACUUCAUUGAAGAUGAGAUCAAAGCGACCGAAAAAGACGGCAAUAAAGACCACACAAAACUAUUGGACAAACGUAUAGCUGAUGGCAAUGAAUCAGUCAAUUGGUUCGAGUGUUUGUUAGAUUUGGGUCGAAAGUGCGCCCAUAGGUCCAAGAAUAGACGGCCCCCAAUGAUCCAGGUUUUGGAAUACUAUAAUCAAUACAAGACAAGCGAACGGAUCCGUCGAUUGAGCGCCGAAGCGAGCAAUCAUAAGAAGAAUACCAUAAGUAUCUCAAAGUCAAAC